AUGUCUUCUUCAAACUUCUUGUUUUUCUUUGUAGCUCUACGAAUCAUUACACUCCUCCCCAUACCAAAUCUUGCUUCUGCUUCUUUGGAGGAAGCCAAUGCUCUUCUUAAGUGGAAAGCAAGCCUUCAAAUCCCAAAUAACUCCUCAGUCUCUUCAUGGAUUCCCCUCCCUAUGAAUUCCAAUCCAUCGGCUCCAUGCACUUCUUGGUUUGGAGUGGUUUGUAAUUCGGAUGGGAUCAUUCAAAAGUUGAACCUCACAUCAUCUGGAUUAAAGGGUACGCUUCACCAAUUUUCAUUCUCUUUGCUACAAAAUCUUACACAUUUUGAUCUCAGUGUAAACAACUUCUUUGGUCCCAUCCCACCAGAAAUCGGACUCCUGUCCAAACUUGUCAAUCUAGAGUUUUCAGGAAAUACAUUUUCUGGAGUAAUCCCACAUGAAAUAGGGAUGCUAGCCAAUCUUGAGUACCUCUACAUGGAUCAUAAUAACUUGAGUGGUUCAAUACCACAAGAGAUAAGUCAACUGACCUCUCUCUAUGAGCUUCGACUGUAUGAUAAUUUUCUUGAAGGCGAAUUGCCACCAUUACCCGGUAAUUUAACAAAGUUGGCUUAUCUAUAUCUCUAUAACAAUAAACUUUCGGGUUUAAUUCCUUCAUCAUUGGGUGAUUUCAAAUCGUUGAAUGUCCUCUAUUUGUACCAUAAUCAACUCUCUGGUCCCAUUCCUGUAGAACUUGGGAAUUUAAAGUCUCUCACUGAACUUCAUCUGAGCAACAAUCAACUUAGUGGUUCCAUUCCUCAUUCGCUAGCAAACCUUAGCAACCUACAGUCUCUGUACCUCCAUGAGAAUAUUUUAUUUGGUCCCAUUCCUGUUGAACUUGGUAAUUUGAAGUCUCUCACUCUUCUUAGAGUGAACACCAAUCAACUUAGUGGUUCAAUUCCUUCAUCACUAGCAAACCUCAGCAAUCUACAGUAUAUGUAUCUCCAUCACAAUGAACUUAGUGGUUCUAUUCCUUCGUCACUAGCCAACCUGAGAAAACUACAACAGAUGUACCUCUAUGAGAAUAAUUUAACUGGUCUCAUUCCUAUUGAAUUUGGGAAUUUGGAUUCUCUCACUGAUCUUGAGAUGAGCAGCAAUCAGCUUAGUGGUUCUAUUCCUUCAUCCUUAGGAAACCUGAGCCACCUAGAAAUUCUGAACAUGUAUGGGAAUAAAUUAUCCGGUCCCAUUCCCAUUAAACUUGGGAAUUUGGUGGCUCUCACUGAGCUUGUGGUGUCCAAUAAUCAAAUUAGUGGUUCUAUUCCUUCAUCACUAGCAAACCUGAGCAACCUACACCGUAUGUACCUCUUUGAGAAUAAGUUGUAUGGUCCAAUUCCUACUGAAUUUGGGAAUUUGAAGUCUCUCACUGAUCUUCUCGUGAGCAACAAUCAACUUAGUGGUACUAUUCCUCCGGAAUUGGGAAAUUCAACUCAACUACAAAGGCUUAAAAUGCAGUCAAAUUAUUUUGUUGGUGAAAUCCCAAAGGAGUUCGGGAAGAUGAAAGGUAUGUUGUAUUUGUGCUUGGCCCAUAACCAACUUUCAGCUGUUAUACCUCCGGAGCUCGGAUCAUGCGAUGAACUACUAGAACUUGAUCUAUCCAACAAUAGUUUGAAUGGUGCGAUACCUAGAACUAUUGGUAAUUGGACACACAUCUACAACUUGAAUCUUAGUGGUAACAAGCUCCGUGAAAAAAUCCCAUCCGAGAUUGGUAAAUUGAGUCAACUUACGAAACUUGAUUUAUCUCAUAAUUUGCUCACGGAAGAGAUACCAUCUGAAGUUCAAAGUUUGCAAAGUUUGCAGAAAUUGGAUCUUUCUCAUAAUAGACUAUUUGGUUCUAUUCCUAAUGUUUUUACAAAUUUGCCUAGCGGAAUUGAUAUCGACCUUUCUUACAAUGAGCUCAGAGGUCCAGUUCCCACUUCCGCAAACUUUGUAAAUGCGUCCAUACAAAGCAAUCCAGGCUUGUGUGGAAAUGUAACCGGACUGAAACUUUGUGCAAGUCAAAUUAUGAAGAAGAAAAAUGAUCAUUUUCAUAAUAGGCUUAUCCUAUUGAUUAUGCUCCCUCUUAUCGGGGCGAUGUUACUUGGUUUAUUCACAUGUGGCCUCAUUGCUUAUCGUCAACAAAAGAAAAAUUCUCCACAAAAACCAUUAGACGAAGAAGAUGGUGAGUAUUUCUCCAUAACAGGUUUUGAUGGAAGAGUAGUGUAUGAUGAUAUCUUGAAGGCAACAAAUGACUUUGAUGAAGCAUACUGUAUUGGAAGAGGAGGAUACGGUAUUGUAUACAAAGCCGAGCUACAACCUAACAAUGUGGUCGCUGUCAAGAAGCUUCACUCAUCAUCUGAGAAUGUUGAUCGUAAUGGUUUCCUUAACGAGGUACAAGCUUUAACAAACAUAAGGCAUCGAAACAUAGUGAAACUCUAUGGAUAUUGCUCCCAUACCCGCCACUCGUUUUUGAUUUAUGAAUACCUAGAAAAGGGAAGUCUGGGAUCAAUCUUAAGUAGUGAUAUCUUAGCAAAAGAAUUGGAUUGGUUUAAAAGGGUAAAUAUUGUAAAGGCUGUAGCUAAUGGUUUGGCUUAUAUGCAUCACGAUUGCACACCACCUAUAAUUCAUAGAGACAUUUCCAUAUCCAACAUACUUCUCGAUUCUGAUUAUGAGGCACACAUAUCUGAUUUUGGCACAUCCAAGCUUUUGAAGCUAGACUCAUCCAACUCGACCGCAAUUGCGGGGACCUAUGGUUAUAUCGCACCAGAGCUUGCUUAUACAAUGGUGGCAACUGAGAAAUGUGAUGUGUAUAGCUUUGGCAUUGUUGCUCUAGAAGUGAUCAUGGGAAAGCAUCCUGGUGAACUACCAACAUUGUCUGGUGAUUAUUUGGUGUUAGCAAAUGUGGGAGAUAGUCGGAUUUCACUUCCCUCACUACAAGUUGAGAAACAAGUUAACUCUUUACUGAGUCUCUCAAGAGUAUGUUUGAACUUCAAUCCACAUGAAAGGCCAACAAUGCGCCAAGUUUCAAAUAUAUUAAUGAAGAAUUUGCUUUAA